AUGAAUGUUAACAAAGAUCUGAAUUACGCGUUCGCACUCAGUCGCCAGUGUUUGCGAUUAUUCGGCAUAUGGCCCGAUCCACAUGUUUCCGUGAGUGACAUUCGCCGUCCCAGCUUGAGAUUUAUAAUCAUCACAUGUAUCGUGAGCUUCUAUGUGUUCGUGCCGCAAGUAACAAAUAUAAUUCGCGCUUGGGGUAACGUGGCCCUGAUGGUGGAGCACUUCGCCUCUGCGAAUUUUAGUAUGAUAGCGCUGUGCAAAUUGGUGGUCACGUGGUAUCACGGUGAAACACUUCAAAUGCUGGUAACAUCGGUCAUGACCGAUUGGAUUACUUCAAGCAACUGGGAACGAUAUACGAUGAUGAAGAUCGCAAGAUGUAGUAGAAGUUUAUCAUAUCGAUGUUACUUUUUUGGAGCGGGAACGGUUGGGUUUUACUUUGUAUUCAAUCUCACCAAGUUUUAUCAAUUCUUUCACCAGCCUCAACGACACUUCGUCUAUCCAAUCCCGUAUCCCUAUGCUCAAAAAAGUCCGAAUUACGAGAUCACCUUUUUUAUUCAACUUUGUGCUGGUGUGUACACGGUUUUUAUCAUCUGCACCGUCGACAGCUUCGUCUCAACACUUGUGCUGCACAUGUGUUCGCAGCUGAUAAAUCUACGAACAACACUGCAAAAUCUGAUUGACGAAAUAGCCAACAAAUCCAUGUCGUCUUCAAAAUUUAGAAAAAAUUUAAGCGCGAUUAUUACUCGCCACGAGCUUAUCAUCAGGAACGCGAAGGCACUUGACAACUGCUUCAGUGCGAUGCUGUUCGUGCACAUGCUGUCACUUACUUUUCAACUGUGCUUUCAAACAUUUCGAGUUUUCACGAUAAUAACGGAACACUUGGAAGUGCCUUUUAGCAAAAAAUGUUUCCUUUCGUGUUACGUUCUCCUCGUGGUAAUGCUUUUAUGGAUUUAUUGCUAUUCAGCCGAAAGACUUUUGGAAAAGAGCACUGGUAUCGCAUACGGCGUGUACGAAUGCAAAUGGUACGAUUUGCCGUCAAAAAACGUGAAGGAUUUAAUGUUCAUGAUAUAUCGCUCCGCGGAUCCAUUAAUAUUGACGGCCGGAAAAUUUGGAACGUUUUCAAUUGAAAUGUUCGGAAUAACUGUGAAAACAUCAAUGGGUUAUUUAUCGGUAUUGUUGGCAAUGAAAGAUUGA